UUUUGUUAAUUAAUCAUAAAAAUAUAAAUGGCCAAAUUAAUAAUAGAGCCUCAGACAGCAAGACUUUAUAGAGAUACAGAGAUGUUCAGCAAGAUGGAUCCUUUUAUUAAAUUUGAAUGAGGUGGUCAAAAGAAAAAGACAAAAACCCAUCACUCUGGAGGCAAGAAUCCAACAUGGGACGACUGAAUCACGAUGGAUGCUUUUGGAUGAAAGAACCUCAUUAUAACUGUUUACGAUGAGGACGUCUUUAGCAAUGAUAAAAUAGGAACAUAUUCGAUACCGAUUUCUACUAUUCAAGCGCAUGGUGUUUUCAAAGAUUGGGUUAAAUUGAUGUACAAAGGAAAGAUAGCAGGAGAAUUAUACUUAGAAAUAACAUAUAUGGACAGCAAGCCAGCUCCUCAUACUUUUGGAUCUACUUCAGCAAUGUAUGCCUCCUCCCCAGCCAUGUAUGCUCCUUCUCCAGCAUUGUACUCUCCUCCUCCAGCGAUGUACUCCCCUCCUCCAGCGAUGUACUCCCCUCCUCCAGCGAUGUACUCCCCUCCUCCAGCGAUGUAUGCCUCUUCUCCGGCUCCAGCAAUGUAUGCUCCAGCUCCUGCAGCUACAUAUCUCCCUCCUUCAACAGCUCCUACAUACUAUCCUCCAACAAGAGCAGGAGUUAUGACUACAAAUCCUCCUUCAUUUCCCACAGCUGCAGGCUACUCCCAUAAAUACGCACCAUCAGCACCCGUCUACACCCAUUCACCUGCAGCUUACAAUGCCUCAUCAUCUACCUCCUACCCACAAGAUGAAUCCCUUUCAGCAGACUACUGCCCUGUAGCCACAGGUCCUUCUCCAUCAACUGCAGGUCCUUACUCAACUACCCCAAUUCCUGCUGAACCAAUGCCCCAACCUCCUACAACCUACGGAUACCCCUCGGCCAUCCCCACGAUGUACAAGCCAUCGCCCAGCUACUAUGCUUACCACCCUCAAUAGGCAGAUUCACUAAGAAAACAAGCCUGGAGAGUGCAAAUUCAACAGAUGUUAGCCAUUUUAAUUAGGGUUUCAGCUAUGUUUC